CUCACAUAUACAGUCAUUGUUAUUUAUAUUAUAUAAAAUAUUGAUAGUCUUUUUUUAUUAGGAUCCAGUUUAUUUUUUAAAAUUGUGUCGAAGUUUUAAUACUUUAGUGAAAUAAAGCAGUUUAACAUUACUUUCAAUAAUUUCUUUUUCGAGACUAAGUUAUAACAUAAUAAAUUGUUAGUUUUAAGCCCGGAAAGAACACUUAUUAAAAUAUUUAUAAACCAAAAAGAUGGGUAAGGAAAAGACUCACAUCAACUUGGUUGUUAUCGGCCACGUCGAUAGUGGAAAGUCCACGACGACAGGUCACCUGAUCUACAAGCUCGGUGGAAUUGAUAAGAGAACUAUCGAAAAGUUCGAGAAGGAGUCCGCAGACAUGGGAAAGGGAAGCUUCAAGUACGCUUGGGUUUUGGAUAAACUUAAGAACGAAAGGGAAAGAGGUAUUACCAUCGACAUUACCCUGUGGAAAUUCGAGACUGGUAAAUACUACUACACCGUUAUCGACGCACCCGGACACCGUGACUUCAUCAAGAACAUGAUCACAGGUACCUCCCAAGCAGACGUCGCAAUGUUGGUUGUCCCGGCAGAGAGUGGUGGUUUCGAGGCCGCCUUCUCAAAAGAGGGUCAGACCAGAGAACACGCCUUGUUAGCUUUCACUCUUGGUGUUAAGCAAAUGAUUUGUGCCAUCAACAAGAUGGACAAGUGCGACUACAAGGAGGACCGUUACAACGAGAUCCAGAAGGAAGUUUGCGGAUACCUUAAGAAGAUUGGAUACAAUGUAGAGAAGGUACCCUUCGUCCCAAUCUCAGGUUUCCUCGGUGAUAACAUGAUUGACAAGUCAGACAAGAUGCCAUGGUACAAGGGGAAAAUCCUAGUCGAGGCACUUGACCUUAUGGAACCACCAAAGAGACCAGUAGAUAAGCCUCUGCGUCUUCCAAUUCAAGCCGUCUACAAGAUUGGAGGUAUUGGAACUGUCCCGGUAGGAAGGGUUGAGACUGGUCAACUUAAAGCAGGAAUGGUUAUAACCUUUGCACCAAGCCAAAUCACAACUGAGUGCAAGUCCGUCGAAAUGCAUCACGAAGUUGUUGAAGUGGCUCUCCCCGGUGAUAAUGUCGGUUUCAACGUGAAAAACGUUAGCACCUCAGACAUUAGAGCCGGCCAUGUUGCAUCUGACAGCAAGAACGAUCCCGCAAAGGAGGCCAAUGGAUUCGAUUCACAGGUCAUAGUUCUCAAUCACCCAGGAACCAUCAAGGAAGGAUACUCACCAGUCGUCGACUGUCACACUGCCCACAUCUCGUGUAAGUUCGAUAAGAUCCACUCGAGGAUGGACAAACGUACCGGAAAGACACUGGAGGAAAACCCCAAAACCAUCAAGAACGGAGACGCAGCUAUGGUCACCCUCAAGCCAAACAAGCCCAUGGUCGUCGAGACCUUCACAGAAUACCCGCCCCUCGGUAGGUUCGCUGUCAGGGACAUGAAACAAACUGUUGCCGUCGGUGUUAUUAAGACUGUAGAAAAGAAGGAACCUGGCUCCUCUGCCAAGGUCACCAAAUCAGCUCUCAAAGCAUCCAAAAAGUAAAUGAAGUUUAUAAUCUAUUACCUCUACACA